AGCGGCAGCCUCCAUCUCUGACAGAGACUGUGAUACGAGAGAGGGCGAGACGGUAGCCAUGAAUUACAAACCAUCCCCUCUGCAAGUGAAACUGGAGAAACAGCGAGAGCUGGCUCGGAAGGGGUCUUUGAAAAAUGGCACCAUGGGCAGCCCAGUUAAUCAGCAGCCCAAGAAGAGCAACGUCAUGGCACGAACAAGGCUGGUUGUUCCUAAUAAAGGCUAUUCCUCAUUAGAUCAAAGUCCUGAUGAAAAGCCGUUGGUGGCGCUGGACACAGACAGUGACGAUGACUUUGACAUGUCCAGAUACUCCUCCUCGGGGUAUUCUUCAGCCGAGCAGAUCAACCAGGACUUGAACAUCCAACUUCUCAAGGACGGGUAUCGGUUGGACGAGAUCCCAGAUGACGAGGACCUCGAUCUAAUUCCACCGAAGUCCGUCAACCCCACUUGCAUGUGCUGUCAAGCCACCUCUUCCACUGCCUGCCACAUCCAGUAACGGAGAAGCCUGGCAACACGAGGGUGACCAGUGCUUUCCAUUAUAACUGUAAAACUUAACAGCCAUUGCUUCCUCCUAUGGUAGGACGUGCACCUCUUUGUGUUCAUAGAGUCAGGAGAAACCAAAAAAAAAAAAAGUCAUUUUAAGAUCCUCUUCUCUUUUUUAUUUUAAAACUACAGUAAAUGAGCUGUGAGAUGCUUCAUGCAGACCCUUGGUCAGAAAAGUCCAUUGAUUUCUUUGGAGUUGGGGACUGGUUUCAAGAUCCAUGUAUAGGAUUCAGGGGAGGGAGGGACUGGCUGAGAAUGCUGUAGGGUGUCUUUAUCUGGCAGAUUUUGCUCCAGGUGCAGGAGUCUGAAUGGAGAGGAAAGAUAAUCUUUUGGAUAUUAUUGGAAUUUUAUUUUGUGAGCGGGAGGAGCUGAAUAACAGGGAGAAGAUGAGACCAAGAAUGAAAUACAGGAUUUUUUGCUAAAGAUGAAUUGGCCAAGACAAAUUCAUACCAACCUUUUGUUACAGGGGACCUGAAGUGAAAAAGUAGUGGCAGUUAAAACAUACUUCCUGAAGCAUGAAAAAAAAUAUAGCUUAGAACCAGAGUCCACCUCAUCCCAAAGUUCUGUGGUCUUGUCUACUCUUUGAAAGCAAACCAUGACAUGGUCUGCCAACGCUGAGGAGCAGCGUUUGUCACAGUGGAAGUGUUGGUUUCUUAAACCUUGAACAGCAAAAGAGAAGUUCUGCAUUUGGCCAAGGCCUUCUCCUGCAUUUGCAAAUUAACUGCUCCUUUAGCUCCCGAGAGCCAAGGGUGAAGCUGCCGCCCUGAGCGGAUCCUGCCUUGCGUAGCGCUCACUGGGUGCAAGAGCAGGACUGUGGCUGCGUCCAGAGUCAGGAAUGCGACACCCGUUUGUCCCAAGACCCAGGUGGCCAGGCCCAGCACCCGCCUCCCUGCUGGCUGGAAGUCAGCCUUCUGGGGCCAGAAAAGGAAGGGUGGGCCUGCCGCUGCAUAAACGGGACCCUUUGGCACAAUACCUCUCCUGUUGUCUGAUGCCAAUUAGCGUGCUACUGUCAUUUACAGACUGGUGCCCCGUUCAGUCAUCACCAUUGCUUGUAAAUAUGGUGCUUCCGCAGCAUUUGUAAAAACUACAGGCCAUCAGUAGUAAAAGAGCUAGAAAAGAAAAAAAUAACCAGAGCUGAUUAUUAUUCUGCUUUGCUGAACUCAGACCGUGCCAAGCUUUGCAACAUAACAGGCAAAUAUUUAAAUAUAUUAGACACAAAGACAGUUUGACAGAGCAGUUGUCCCUAUCAAGGCCAGGUUUCCUGCCCACCUUGAAGGACUCUUGUUCCAAGUCGGGCUUAUGGUUUGUCCCCUGUCUCAUGAACUGUCCCCGAUGAGCACAAGGUUGGGUUGCUGUCUCCUCCUGAUUGAGUAUUAUGUACAUGGAUACUACAUAUCCCCAUCGUGGUUAGCAGGUCCACCUUGUCAGUGGAUAAAAUGAUCCUGGGUUUUGUGAAGCAGUCUUGGAUGAGGGUUUCUUUCAUGGUCCUCUUGGGGAGGAGUGAAGAUGCAAGAGAAAGCAAGGUGUUCCGGAAAUGAGAAACAGGAGGAACAUGGCAGCUGUCUUCUAUUGAGCUGGUAUUUGAGGUUAAGGACCAGCACGGAACAGCUACAUGGGAUGAGUAGAACCGUAGCAAAAGUUGACCCUUUAAUUGAAUGAACUCUGACCCCCAAGUAAAAUUACCUUAUUAGGAAUGAAUCUAGGCCUGAGAAGGUUCACCUAAAAAAAGACAUCUUUAAUCCCUUUUAAAAGCUUCUACCUAGAGAUUAACUCAAUCCUAUUUGAUUUUCACACAUUGUUCAUUCAAACUGAAAACAGUAAUUUUUUUAAAAACGUUUGCACUGCUUAAUGGGAUUACGGUCCCCUACCUUUGUGUUUCUAGCCAAAUGCUUUGUAUUUUUCCUCCACCAGACUUUUGGAUUGCAAAAGGACUGUGCUUUGAAUUUAACCUUGUUCAUAUUUGUGCACUGAAGAGAUCAGAUUGGUAAAUAUCAUGGCCCACCCCCCUUCUUUUGACUGGUGAGUGGUUAAAAUGGGCAUGUGCUAUCCCAAAACACUGGUGAAAAGAUAAAUUUCUUCUUUCAACCUUCACAAAGGUCCCUGAGGAGGAUACUACUUUAGUAAGGUCAGUGCAGUAGCAUAAAAUGAAAAAAAAAAAAAAAACCUUUUUGGCUUCUCCUUGCUUUUACACUUUGUGUCUCCAUGUUUUUUGAGAAAGAGAUAUAUAAGAGGAGGCGAAUGAGCAACGCAUUGUUGCCAUCAGGGUUAGCAGAAGCCCGUGUGGCUGUAGAGAUGCUUCCCAUGUUACACUGCCAUUGCUUGGGGUUAUUUCACACAUGGUAGAAGCAAACCUGGAUUUUGCCCCAGGGUCCAGGCAUGGCUCCUAAUAAGAGUCUUUGUAGGAGGCACGUGUUUGCAAGCAUCUGUGGCUCCCGCUUCCUCUUAGAUGUGCACUUGAAGCCUCUUAAGGGCUUGCAAUGUGUCAAGUUGUUUUCUGGAGAGUUUGGCACUUCCUUAAGGAGUUUGGAGUGUGACAGGCAGGUCAUCGUAGAGAAUGGUCCCGAAGGCAUUGCCGCCGCCCCUCCCUUAGAGACCACCACCAUCCCCCUGUAUAUUCUGGGCCUUUAGCUUGUAGCACCCAGAGAAAAGAAGGUCAGGCCCACAAGCUGUAGGGAUGUGCUUAGUGGCUCUGCAUCUUUAUGCUGCUGCUGGCCUUGGAAAGAACGAAAGGGAGAUGAGUGGAGAGACUUGGAAGAUUUGAGCUGCUUAGAGAAAAACUGGACUAACAAGAACAAGCCACCCAGAGUUGCUUUGGGUGAGAUGGGCAGCUAUAUAAGUGUGAAAUAUAAAUAAAUAUAAAUAAAAAUAAAUAAACGUGUAACUCCAGACAGCUCUAGAAAGUAGCACUUUCCCAGGAGAUUAUACCCACAUGAGCCACAUGGUCUUUGGAGAGGACAGCUGUCUGUCUACAGGUAUAUUGGUCUCCCGGCUCUUCUAGGUUGGCUUGGUAGCAUUGCAGCAUCGCACGGUGUGAAGGCAGGCCCCACUUGCCCUCGUGUCCCAUAAAGUCCAGCUUGUUUCAGUACUGCAGCUGUAUGUUUAAUCUGCAUGCCCUCAUUAAUUGCUCAGUCUUAAUUAAUGGCAAACUUUUGCUGUCAUUUGAUAGCCAACAUGGAUCACUGGCGUUAUCUUUCUAGUGUUGUUGGGGUAAGAACUGGGAUGUCUGAUAGCUGUCAGGUCACUCUCCCUUCCCCUGGUCAGUUCUUUCACUGGUCAGGUGUGGCUGAAGGGAGGCAGAUACCUGCUGGUUCUCCUCCGGGUCUCUCGUGUCUCCCUACACUGCGAGGUUCCAGCCUUUGCAGCUAGUAAGACGUGCUGGGACUUCCUUGUGCGUGGUGCGGAGGGACUGCCUUUUGCAGGCAAGUAGAGCUGUGUAGCAUCCUUGUAGGCUCUUGUUGCUGCUCCGUCUCUCUGCUUUCUGGAGCCUUUGCAGUGACAAGGUCUGGUCUAGUCAACCUUGAAGACAGUAAAAGCAAAUGAGAGCAGGGUCUCUCUGCAAAGCCCAGGCUAUGCUGGAAGUGGAGCCCUGCCUCCUCCUUUCCCAAAGAAUCUUCUAUCACCUUGGCCGCGGUGGCUCUUCAGCAUCUUGGUGCCCCUUCUAACCUCAGCCUACCUGGGAGGCUAAUACCAGAGAACAGGAGAAAUUGAAGACAUGAGUGUGAGAGGAGGAGGUGGCGGCGGCAGCGGCAGCUUCCAUCAGCUGUUUUGCAGAAAGUAGGUGGCAAAGGACAAGGUGGCUUCCUAGAUCCUGUGAGGUGAAGAACACACUGAGGAUGGAAUCAUACAGGCUGAACCUGGGUGAUGUUUUCUGGCAUCCUCUCCUCUUAAUCUAACCUUGAAGAAAGCCAGAGUUUCCAUUUAUAGCCAGAAAACACUUGGGGGAAAGGUGAUGGUGACAUCCCUUCCAUCUAAGAGCCAUGAAACUGCUACGGUUCAAAGGAGGAGGAAUGAGCAACAGACAGUAAUUUUAUGCUAUUGAUUUCUGUUUAACAGCUCAUCUCAGGUAGAACAGCAGCCAAGCCUCCCAUCAUAACAUGGAUUUAGCCGCAGCAAGUUGCUGGGCCACACCGUGAGUUGUGCUGCUGCCCAUCAGCUGGUAGGGAAGGCAGGCCCAGAGCCUGGUGCUCUGGGGUGCACAGGGAGGAAUUGCCCCUGGAUAAUGAGGAUGUGAGAAAUGGCCAGGGAAACUCAUUAGCUGGGCUUGAGGUAGCCAUUCUGGAGAGUUUCUUCACAUUACAUUUCCUCCCCAUUUCCCCCCCCCCUUCUUAGUGCCCAGCAAUAUUUUGGGAUUCAAGCUUCCUUGGCUGCUUCUUAAGCUCCCCACCCCAGUUGUGCAUAGUGGUUAAUGAAGAAUGAAAGCUCGCCUUGCUGCAUGUUAAUUUUUGGAUUUGGUACUGUCCUAUUCAGGCUUCCUGUCCUUUGCUUUCCCCAUUCCCCUUCUAUUCACAUGUUCCUUUCAUUUAAGGCUCAGGACUUAGUAAAGGCUAGCAUUUUUUGCCCACAGAGCCUUUCAAACAGGACAGGACAGGAAAACCAUGUCCAGGCUGCUCGAGAGGGUCCCCCAAACGAUCUGGUGUUUGCCUCUGAUCGAAGAUUCCCAAAUCCUUCCUACAGGGAGCUGCAGAUUACAGCACUUUUGAAAAACACCAUCCCACCAUCUUAAGACGCUUAAGACUUCCCACCCUUCUUGCAAACAGCUCAUGGUGGCUUAAGCAGGUUAGAUUCCUCCCUUCUGGAUUCAGUCACUCUCCUGAUUUGCGAGACUUGGGAGUUGUGAGGGGUUUUUUUUAAUCAAGCCACUUUUCAACACAAGUGGAAGGAAAAUGGUUGCUCCAGGGACUGUGAAUACAAAAUGACCUUUUCUUCUUCCUGUCCUUGAUCUGUUCUUUCUUCUGUCACCAUGAGUCACUUCCUACGUUUUCUGCCUGCAAUGUUUCCAAGAGCAUCUUUCUGGAGAGACGGGGCUGGAGUUGUUCAACCUGCUUUGUGAUGGAAGAAGUCAGCUGACCUCAAGCGAGAUGAACACUGUUGUACUGCUCAUUAAAAUUCAUGCAGGAGCCUAGGGGACCUUGGAGAAAAACCUUGGGACCCUGAGGAGAAACUGAUCUUGCACCUCACAGCUUUCCUGAAGGCUCACUCAAAUGGCAGAUGUUGUCUGCUUCCAUCUUGAGUCCUGUAGACAAUCACAGCUCAUGUGGGGUAGAUCAGCCCUGGUUGUAGUCUAUGGGCUCCCUGUGAGGAAUGCCCUGAAAGGAUAUCCCACAUCAGGACUCUGAGAAGCAGUUAGAUUCUCUUGGGACAUCCAGUUCCUCCUCUCCUCCCAGUUUGAGUUCUUGGCUGAAGGGACUGUACAGUUUACCAUCAUUUGCCCUUAGAUCCAGAGUGCACAUGACGAGAGAGCUGGGGAGAAGGCUACAAGAAGGUUGCAAACCAGGCUCCCUUAUCCUUGCACAGAUGAAGGCUGUAUUUCAGAGUCCACAAGUGCUGCUUAUGGGCAUUGGGGUGGAGAGCUCCAGCAGGGCUUGGCUUGGUCAGCCCUUGCUGGUCUCUGCUAUCUUGAUUUGGAACCAUUCUUCUCCGAGGAAGGUCUCCUGGGACAGCCCUCCUGGGUCUCAAGGAGGGGAGUUACCAGAGCUGUGUGUGUUGUGUGGGUGUGCAUGCAUGGCGUGGCCUUUUGCAAGGGACCACUGUAUGGCAGUUUCCCACAAGCAGAAGGAAAGGGCUGUCUCAUCCUGCUGGCUGGCGGCUUCAGAGCGGUCUCUGGACUGUCACAUGAAGCGAGGGCCCAGCUCUUCUUCUUGCUGGGCUGCUUUCCAACAAAGACCACCGACUCCCAGCAGUACCGUUUCACGCAGUGGCAGAAACCAUUGCCCACACACAGCCUUCCUGGUUGCUGGCCCUGAGCCAAGUACCUGAAAAUGCUCUUGAAAUGACUGGGGGAUUACAGGCCAUCUGUUGCUCUCUCUGCUCCCAGAAAUCUGCAGGACAAACUUUCUUUGCUGGCUCUUUUCAUCCUGUAUGGUAGACUAGGGGUAUCUCGCUUUUUCGUGAGAUGGGCGGCCAUAUAAAUCGGAUGGAUGGAUGGAUGGAUGGAUGGAUGGAUGGAUGGAUGGAUGGAUGGAUGGAUCUGGUAUUUUCUCCCUGUUAGGGACUGUUAAUCCAGAUGUGAAUCUCACGAUUUUGGGCUUUAGACAGUGCAGGAAGCCUCUGUUAACAAGAGGAAAUUCCUUCCUGCUUGUGCAGCGCGGUUUUGCACUGAGGCAAGCAAGUUUAGACCGAGUUUGUGGGCCUCCACCCAGGCUUCCCUGCCAUCUUCCCUUUCCAGGGAGAAGGCCUAGACUCCUGCAAUGCAAAGCCUCUCUGUUGCAUUCAGAAUUUGCAGCAAACUGGGAAAAACACGAAACGUUUUGGAGCAGCAGAGUCCUGCCUCCACUGCAGAAAGAUCAGGGUCAUUCUGGGGAAGGGAAGGAAUAGGGUCCAGAAGUCCUUCCCUCCACGUCUGAGAUGCACAAACUGUCUGGUCAAGUGGUAGGCAUGAGGUGGGGAGGGGAGGGAGGUAGCAAGAAAAGUCAAAGGGUAACUUAGUUGUCCGAAGUAAACCUUGGUAUCCGUGUCCAGUGGUUAGUUCUAGAAUUGAAGGCUCUGUUGGAUUGCACGCACCGAGCGCUCCCCCCUUGUUCUUCGGGUUCUGGUUUUGACUCCCAGGCCGCACCUGCUGUACUGAAGGAACGGCUCCUUCUCUUUCUCCUCAGCGUGUUCUCCUCCUAACAGUUGGAGGCUGCUCCAAACACCCUCCACCAAUAAAACAGCUGCCCCCAUUUAUCCCCAAAGAGUGUCCCGUAGUGCAUCUCGGGGGAAUUCAGGAGCUAAGAUGGAGGAGGCACGUAUUUAGCAACCAACACCCAUUGGGGUUCUUCUCCGCUUUGGGAUAGGCUGGCUCCAUUGCUGCAGGGGGUUCUCUGGCUAGAACUUGUGGCGGCCCCAUAUUCCCUUACCCAUCCCCCGGCCCUCUCCCUCAUUUGGAGAGCGCCAAGUGGGAGAACGUCGAUGCACCCCGUUUUGUCCCCUUGAAAGUCUGUACAGCCGUCAUCUUCCUACGUAUCUUCAAGAGGCAGUUAGGAAUUCUUUCAAAAAGUCCUACUUUUCUUGCUCGAUAAGCACCUUAUGACUAAACAAGAGAUUCGGUAAGUUCUAUCCCAUCUUCUCUUUUUAAAAAAAUAACAAUGAUUUCUUUGCGCCUGUGGGAGGCAGAGGAUGAUUCUGCCCCCAGAAGCUGCAAGGAAAUCAUUUUUUCUUCAUUCUUGUUUGGUGGAGGGGUGGGAGACCCCUUUAGAUUUUGCACUGUUCAACUUGCCCCCUCCCCAUCAGUUCCACCCCCGUUGGCGCCAUUAAUUAGAUAAAGUGAUCAGGGCUGGUUCAGCUUGUCUCUUGCUAGGAUAUGGCAGAUACUCUCUUGAGUGUGCCCCCCCCUUCUAUUCCUGAAAGUGUAUGCCAUGAUUGCAUGGGAACAAGGGGGUCUUCUGAGAAAAGAUGUUUCGAGGAGCUUGGUUGGCUUUUUCACUCUUCCCUUUUUAAGUGCCAGUUUAUCAGGGAUGUUACCUUUAACCGUUUGUUCUCCAGGAGCAAAACCAGAGACUCAAGGCACGUACUAAAACCCAACUCCUAUCCCUAAGGGCAGAAGAAGGAUGGCUGAGCUGAGGAGACCCAAGGCCUUCUCCACCAGCCUUCUGUGCCCUUGUGACCAGCUGCCUGUUGGGCGGGUCUGUUUCAGUCAAGCCUUCUUAGCCGUGUCUGAGUCAUGCAUGCAUGAAACAGGUGAGGGCAAGGUGGCAUUCAGCCCGCAUUGCCAUGGAAUCGGGAACCCGUGUUUGGUCUGGGAAUAACCAAACUACUGGGAAACCCUUGAGGAGAUACCAACCAUAUCACUUCCCUUUUAAACUCACAUAUAAAUUGGGAAGGGGGAACCCUUGUUUUGGCUUAUUCCAACUCCUAGCAAGUCAACUCUUGUUUUCUAGCAAACCUCUGUCUUAAUUUUCGCUUUCCCAAUCUGAACAAUGUAGCACAGUCCUUUUCCCAUCAUGUAGAAGACUGCCUUAAACCAAUCUGUUGGGUUGUGGGUUUUUUUUAUUAUUUUAUAAUUUACCGUCAGGUUUAAGCAUUAAUUUAUUUUUACAAUGUGGUUUUUGGAAGACACGAUACGUGUAUAAUAUUUUUUUUAACAUUUCCAUUGCAGUAUUUAUCAUUGUUACUGGUUGUGUGUAGUGUUAACAGAAUUAAUAUUAAAAGGCAUACAUAUG